AUGGCGACUGCUCUGCCGAUAAAGUUUCAGGAGCAUCUUCAGCUCGUAAAUGUCGGAAUCCAGCCUUCGAGUAUUGGUUUUAAUACUCUCACUAUAGAAUCUGACAAAUUCAUAUGCGUGCGCGAGAAGGUGGACGAUGCACAUCAGGUCGUUGUCAUCGACAUGAACGACCCAACCCACCCAACAAGACGUCCCAUCACGGCGGACUCAAUCAUUAUGAAUCCAGUUACCAAAGUGAUGGCGCUUAAGGCUGGAAACGUCUUACAAAUCUUCAAUAUUGAGCUAAAAUCCAAGAUGAAUAUGCAUAAAAUGCCCGAGCCUGUCAUUUUCUGGAGAUGGAUCAACGUGAACACGCUCGCUCUGGUGACAGCUACGGCAGUUUACCACUGGUCUAUUGAAGGUAGUUCCAGUCCAACCAAGAUGUUUGAUCGCCACGCAUCCCUUGCCAACACUCAAAUAAUAAACUAUAGGACCGAUGAGAGUUCGAAAUGGCUCUUGCUGAUCGGCAUUUCAGCACAGGACAGUCGUGUUGUUGGCUCGAUGCAACUAUAUAGCGUUGACCGCCAAGCCAGCCAGGCGAUAGAAGGCCAUGCUGCUGCCUUUAUCCAGUACAAGGGCGAAGGGCAACCCAAUCCAACGACUCUUUUCUGCUUCGCUGUCAGAACCACCCAGGCCUGCAAUUUGCACAUUAUUGAAGUUGGUCAGCCACCCGAAGGCAAUCAGCCCUUCACUAAAAAGGCACUGGACGUUUAUUUCCCAGUCGAGGCGCCUAAUGAUUUCCCAGUUGCGAUGCAGACCUCACCAAAAUACCAAGUCAUUUUCCUAAUAACCAAAAAUGGCUACCUACAUACCUACGACAUUGAGUCUGGAACUUGCAUUUACAUGAAUCGUAUCAGCAAUGACACUAUUUUUGUCACUGUACCAUACGAAGCCACUUCAGGCAUCAUGGGAGUGAACCGCAAAGGCCAGGUCCUUUCCGUCAGUCUGGAUGAAGAAAACGUUGUCAAUUACAUAAAAACAAAUCUCAACAAUCCAACUCUUGCUCUCCGCAUGGCUACCCGAUGCGGCCUUCCCGGCGCCGAAGAUCUCUUUGUUCGAAAGUUUGAAUCCCUGUUUCAGGCCGGUCAGUACAAUGAGGCAGCGAAGGUGGCAGCUAGUGCACCAAAUGCAAUCUUACGCACACCGAAGACCAUACAAAAGUUUCACCAGGUCCCGACGACGGCCGGACAGACAUCUCCCCUCCUUGUCUACUUUGGAAUUCUUCUGGACCAUGGCCAACUUAAUAAAUAUGAGAGCCUAGAAUUGUGUCGCCCCGUCCUCCAGCAGGGUCGCAAGCACCUACUUGAAAAAUGGCUCAAGGAAGACAAGCUCGAGUGCUCCGAAGAACUGGGUGAUUUGGUGAAACAGGCCGAUCCCACUCUUGCCCUCUCAGUCUACCUACGUGCUAACGUCCCACCCAAGGUGGUACAGUGUUUCGCUGAGACAGGUCAGUUCCAGAAGAUUAUCCUCUACGCCAAGAAGGUCAACUACUCGCCGGAGUACAUCUCCUUACUGCGCAAUCUGACGCGAAUAAAUCCGGAGCAGGCUCUGCAGUUCGCACAGAUGCUUGUGCAGGAUCAGGAACCAUUAGCAGAUCUGGAGCAGGUCGUUGAUGUCUUUAUGGAGCAGGGUCUGGUACAGCAGUGUACUUCUUUCCUGUUGGAUGCACUGAAACACAACCGACCCUCCGAGGGACAUCUGCAGACACGACUGUUGGAAAUGAACCUCAUGUCAGCGCCCCAGGUGGCUGACGCCAUUCUGGGCAAUCAGAUGUUCACGCACUAUGACCGUGCCGCCAUCGCCCAACUCUGUGAGAAAGCCGGUCUCCUUCAGCGUGCUCUGGAACACUACACUGACCUCUACGACAUCAAGCGAGCGGUUGUUAAUACUCACUUGCUCAGCCCUGAGUGGUUGGUCAACUACUUCGGCUCUCUUUCUGUCGAUGACUCUCUGGAAUGCCUCAAGGCGAUGCUGCAAGCCAAUAUUCGUCAGAACCUCCAAGUCUGUGUUCAAAUAGCGACCAAGUACCACGAGCAGCUGGGCACUAAUGCCCUCAUUGAAAUCUUCGAGUCUUUUAAGUCCUUCGAGGGUCUCUUUUAUUUCCUCGGCUCAAUCGUCAACUACUCACAGGACCCCGAAGUACACUUCAAGUACAUACAGGCUGCCUGCAAGACUGGGCAGGUCAAAGAGGUGGAACGUAUCUGCCGUGAAAGCAACUGCUACGAUCCUGAACGUGUCAAGAACUUUCUCAAGGAGGCCAAGCUGACUGAUCAGUUGCCGCUAAUCAUCGUCUGCGACAGAUUUGACUUCGUGCAUGACCUUGUGCUCUAUCUCUACCGCAACAAUCUGCAAAAGUACAUUGAAAUAUAUGUGCAAAAGGUUAAUCCGGCUCGUUUGCCUGCUGUGGUUGGUGGGCUUUUGGAUGUGGACUGCGCUGAUGAUGUCAUCAAGCAACUCAUUGCAGUGGUCAGAGGUCAGUUGAACACGGAUGAACUGGUUGCUGAGGUGGAGAAACGCAAUCGUCUAAAGUUACUACUGCCCUGGCUGGAAGCGCGGAUCCACGAAGGCUCUGUGGAACCGGCUACGCACAAUGCACUGGCAAAGAUCUACAUCGAUGCCAACAACAACCCCGAACGCUUCCUCAAAGAGAAUCAAUACUACGACAGUCUUGUUGUCGGAAAAUACUGUGAACGGCGUGAUCCACAUCUGGCUUGUGUUGCCUACGAACGUGGCCAAUGUGACAAAGAGUUGAUAAAUGUUUGCAACGAAAAUUCGCUCUUCAAGACUGAAGCCCGCUACCUGGUUCGUCGGAAAGAUCCCGAAUUGUGGGCGCAGACAUUGGACGAAUCGAAUACCUAUCGGCGCCAGCUGAUCGACCAGGUCGUUCAGACUGCCCUCUCUGAGACCCAAGAUCCCGAGGAGAUCACGGUUGCAGUUAAGGCCUUCAUGUCUGCUGAGAUGCCUAACGAGUUAAUUGAACUGUUGGAAAAGAUCGUGAUGGACAAUUCAGUCUUCUCGGACCACCGAAACCUUCAGAACUUACUUAUCUUGACGGCCAUCAAGGCAGAUAAUAGUCGGGUAAUGGAGUAUAUCACAAAGUUGGACAACUAUGACGCCCCAGAUGUGGCCAAUAUUGCAAUCACUAACGGCCUUUAUGAGGAAGCAUUUGCCAUCUUCAAGAAAUUUGAAGUCAAUAAUCAGGCUAUGCAGGUACGUCGUUUUUUUCAUUCCGUUUACAUUUCGGAAACUCGUUGGGAAUCAGAAAUCCACUUUUCAGGCCAGGCUGUAUUUUUCCUCUCUAUUCGCCUCCUCCAGGUCCUGAUCGACCACAUCAAAAAUCUCGAUCGAGCCUACGAAUACGCCGAGCGUUGCAAUGAGCCCACCGUCUGGAGUCUACUUGCCAAGGCUCAGCUUCAGAAGGGCAUGGUAAAGGACUCAAUCGACUCUUACGUCAAGGCUGGCGAUCCGGCUAACUAUGAGGAAGUAAUCAAGACGGCGUCGGAGGCACACAACUUCGAAGAUCUAGUUCGAUACCUCCAGAUGGCGCGCAAGAAGGCUCGUGAGACGGUUAUCGAUUCGGAGCUGGCCUUCGCCUUCGCCAAGACCAACCGUCUCUCCGAUCUGGAGGAGUUCCUUGCCAGUACGAAUCACGCUAACAUAACCGCUCGUAUGUUUGAGGCCGCCAAAAUCCUGUAUAACAAUGUCAGCAAUUACUCCCGCCUGGCUAUCACUUUGGUUCACCUGGGUGAAUAUCAAGGUUCCGUCGAGGCUGCUCGCAAAGCCAAUUCCACCCGCACUUGGAAGGAAGUUUGCUUUGCCUGUGUCGAACAGGGCGAGUUCCGUCUUGCC